AUGGCUGGUUCACUAGUUCAGAGCUCCAUGGCUCACCCAAUUGCCUUUUCAGUUGCUCCAUUCAGUAGCAAUCCAAACACUCUCCAGUUGGAGGCAAGAUUGCCGCUAAAAUACUCACUCUUGUUUUGCCAACCAAAGCCUCUCUCUUCUUUGACUACUUCACCCUUUGCCUCUGGUUUCCCUUCUAUCCCUUUAUCCUCCGGUGGGAAAACCUUGUUUGCAGCACCCGAAGUUGGAUUAAGUUCUGAAACAAAUGAAUGGGCAGCACAAGAUUUCUAUACUCUGAGGAAGGACGUCGAGAUUGCCUCACACCGUGUGGAAGAAAUCAGGGCUUCUGCUGGUUUAAAGCAGCUAGAAGAAGACCUCAAUCAGUUGGAGAAAGCUGCUGCGGAUAGCUCUCUCUGGGAUGAUCGUGCUAAUGCUCAGCAAACACUGCAGGCACUGACUGAUGUCCGGGAAAAAAUUAAGCUUCUUGAUGAUUUUAAAGCAAGGAUUGAGGAUGCGGACACCAUAGUAAAGCUGACGGAGGAGAUGGAUUCAAUUGAUAUUGGCCUUCUUCAGGAGGCUGCUGGCAUUAUUCGAGACCUGAAUAAGGCACUGGAUCGUUUUGAGUUGACGCAACUACUCUCUGGCCCUUAUGAUAAAGAAGGUGCUGUAAUCAACAUUACUGCUGGCGCAGGGGGUACUGAUGCCCAGGAUUGGGCUGAUAUGCUUCUAAGGAUGUACACAAGAUGGGCAGAGAAGCAGAAGUAUAAAAUCAAAGUGGUUGAGAAAUCCUUGGGGGAGGAAGCUGGGAUAAAGUCAGCUACAAUUGAAGUUGAAGGCCGAUAUGCUUAUGGGUAUUUAUCUGGGGAAAAGGGGACUCACCGCAUAGUGCGACAAUCACCUUUUAAUGCCAAAGGCCUUCGCCAGACAAGCUUCUCAGGUGUUGAGGUCAUGCCACUUAUUCCCGAGGAGUCGCUGGAUGUUGAAAUACCAGAAGAAGAUUUGGAAAUUACGUUUACCAGGGCUGGUGGGAAAGGAGGCCAAAACGUAAACAAAGUUGAAACUGCAGUUCGCAUUACCCAUAUCCCCACUGGGGUGGCUGUUCGGUGCACAGAAGAAAGGACCCAGUUAGCAAACAAGAUCAAGGCUCUCAUCCGAUUGAAAGCUAAAUUGUUAGUCAUAGCUGAGGAACAAAGAGCGUCUGAGAUCAAGCAAAUUAGAGGGGAUGCAGUGAAAGCUGAGUGGGGACAACAAAUACGGAACUAUGUAUUUCAUCCUUACAAGCUGGUGAAAGAUGUUCGAACAGGAUAUGAAACCUCUGACAUCAUUUCUGUCAUGGAUGGAGAGUUGGAUCCCUUCAUUAAAUCAUACCUAAAAUUUAAGUACAGUACAUCCGUAGCAAGUAGUCAAGUACAGUAA